CGCGUUGGUUCCGGAACUAAAGAUAUCCGGAACUGAAACGUUUUUUCUUUAGUUUCUCAUCGAACCUGUUUUUUAGAGGACCGGCAUGGGAUUUCCUAGACAACACCAUGAUCUUAGUUGAAGCGGGUCUCUAUAUUGGCUCUGUGUCAGAUCUUAAGAAUCCCGAAGCUCUGACUCUCAAAGGAAUCACUCACAUCCUCAGUGUGGACUCUGAACAACCAGAGCUGCCUGGAUUUCACGUUAAAUUUGUCCAUGCAUUGGACGAUUCAUCCACAGAUCUCCUUAGCAAACUGGACAGCUGCAUCCAGUUUAUCAGUGAUGCCUUGAAUGCAGCUUCCUCCUCCUCGUCAUCAUCAGCAACAACAUCAGCAUCAUCUGUUCUUGUUCACUGUCAUGCAGGUCAGAGUCGAAGUGCUGCCGUAAUCACUGCUUAUUUAAUGAAGACACACAAGCUGAGUGUCCAGGAGGCUUAUAGCAAACUCCAGCUCAUCAAACCAGAUGUCAAGAUGAACGAUGAGUUUCUGGAUCAGUUGACACUCUAUGAAGCUAUGAAUUGUGAACUGGACCCCAGCAGCGUGAUAUACAAACAGUUCCGACUUAAGAAGGUUACUGAGAAAUAUCCAGAGCUCAAAAACAUCCCCAGAGACAUAUUCGCAGUCGACCCUGCACAAAGCCACAACACUGAGGCCAUCUACAGAUGCAGAAUGUGCAGACGCACUCUGUUCCGCCACUCCAGCAUCCUCAGUCACUGUGUAGGCAGUGGAGCGUCUGCUUUUUCCCAUAAGAGGCAGAGUGGAGGCCGACCUGUAGCAGAUCAGAGUCAGUGCACAUCCUACUUCAUCGAGCCAGUUCAGUGGAUGGAGGAGGCGCUGCUCGGAGUGAUGGAUGGACAGCUCCUGUGUCCGAAGUGCAGCUCUAAGCUCGGUUCGUUUAACUGGUAUGGAGAGCAGUGUUCGUGUGGCCGCUGGGUGACGCCCGCUUUCCAAAUGCACAAGAACAGAGUGGACGAAAUCAAACACAUCAACCUCGCAGCACUUAAAUGACACCAGAUAUAACACCAAAUAACACAAAUAAACACAUAUAUUUUUUAAUAGCA